UCCAAUGCCAGGUAUGCAGGAGGCCUCAAUGAAGCUCACUGAAUCUCUACAUGAAGUCUACGAGCCAGACUGGUAUGGACGGGAAGAUGUAAAGAUGGUUGGUGAGAAGUGUGAUGUGCUGUGGGAAGACUUCCAUCAAAAGCUAGUGGAUGGCUCCUUGCUGACACUGGACACCUACCUGGGCCAGUUUCCUGACAUAAAGAAUCGCAUCGCUAAGCGCAGCAGGAAGCUCGUGGAUUAUGAUAGUGCGCGCCAUCAUCUGGAGGCUCUGCAGAGUUCCAAGCGGAAGGAUGAGAGUCGGAUCUCUAAGGCAGAAGAGGAGUUUCAGAAAGCACAGAAGGUGUUUGAAGAGUUCAAUGUUGACUUACAAGAAGAGUUACCGUCAUUGUGGUCAAGUCGAGUUGGCUUUUACGUCAAUACUUUCAAAAAUGUCUCCAGCCUUGAGGCCAAGUUUCAUAAGGAAAUCGCAGUGCUUUGCCACAAGCUCUAUGAAGUGAUGACGAAACUCGGUGAUCAGCAUGCUGACAAGGCCUUCAGCAUUCAAGGAGCUCCCAGUGACUCGGGUCCUCUUCGCAUUGCAAAGACACCAUCACCCCCAGAGGAGCCUUCACCCCUGCCCAGCCCCACGGCUAGUCCCAACCACACAUUAGCACCUGCAUCUCCUGCCCCAGUGCGACCCAGAUCACCUUCACAGACAAGGAAAGGGCCACCUGUCCCACCUUUGCCUAAAGUCACCCCAACAAAGGAACUGAAACAGGAGAACAUCAUCAAUUUCUUUGAGGACAACUUUGUACCAGAAAUCAAUGUGACAACACCUUCCCAGAACGAAGUCUUGGAGGUGAAGAAGGAAGAGACUUUGCUGGAUUUGGACUUUGACCCUUUCAAGCCUGAUGUGGCUCCGGCAGGUUCUGCUGCAGCGACCCACUCUCCCAUGUCUCAGACAUUGCCCUGGGACUUAUGGACGACAAGCACGGAUUUGGUACAACCAGCUUCUGGGGGUUCAUUUAAUGAUUUCACCCAGGCCCAGGACACUUCAUUAUUCACCAUGCAGACAGAUCAGAAUAUGGUAGGUGGCUUGGCUGAAACUGAGCAGGCUCUACCUACAGAGCCCCAAGCCGAGGAGCCUCCUGCCACUGCUGCUGCACCUACUGCUGGGCUGGACCUUGGGCUAGAGAUGGAGGAGCCAAAGGAGGAGGCUGUG